UUAUAAAAUAAUAAAUUGUUUUCAAACAAUAACCGCUUAUCACGCUUUCCUUCCAACAUAAUUUCUAUGUGUUAAGACUUAUUCACUUGUAAAGAUUGCCAGGAUAGGACUAUUACAUAUAGCUUCGAAUCUGUUUACAUAACAUUACGUCCUAUUACGGUUACGAUGUUGGAUCUUCAUUCCUUCAGUUCUUGAUGGUCUGUCGAUGUGAUAAGAUAUAAUUGAAGCAACACUAAUUAUCUUUUUGGCAUUUAUUGCCUACCUGAUUAAAUCUUCAAUACAUAGACGUAGUGAAAUGACGAUUAACAUGUUAUUUCUGAAACUGCUGGUAAAUGUCGGUUUAUUAUACAUCGCAGCCGCUAUUCCUACCGAACGUCCGAAUAUUAAAACCCACAAGCUAGAUUAUUAUCGUUUGUCAAAGGAAGUAAGACCGGUGUCUUAUGAUAUUAAUCUAUUAUUCCACGAUGACAAUGAGAUCACUACCGUACAAGGCGAAUCUAAUAUCACCAUCCAAGUUAUUCAGCCAACGUCACAUAUAAAUUUGCACGCUCGCCAAUUGACUUUGGUGAACGUAAUGUUAAUUACUGGAAAUGGUACGAAGCACAAAAUGCACGAAUAUAUUUACGACACCCAGUCGAACAUCGCCAUCCUGUCGUUUAAUCAUGUAAUGCCAGCGGGAUAUUACACUCUGUAUAUAAACCACAUCAGUUAUCUGAAGAACGGGAACAAUGACGUUUUUCACUCGACGUACGAAAACAAGGAGGGAAUAAAAAUAUUGCAGAUCGCCACGUUUUCCAAGCCGUGUUGGGCGCGAAGACUAUUUCCAUGUUGGGACGAGCCAGCUUUCGACGCCGUUUUUAACGUUUCUGUAAUGCAUCGUGUAGGAUACUCCGUCAUAUCAAACUCGCCGAUUCGAAGGCUGCGACCCUCAGAUACGCAUGGAAUGAUGUGGACACAGUUUUACCAGACCAUCCGAAUGCCCACCUACCGUUUGGCAUUAGUGAUCGCGACGAACAAUAUUAUUUACGUCUCCAAUACAAACGAGACCGCCUGCGUGUGGGGCCAUCCCCAAUUGUUACCAGAGAUAUCAUUUGCAUUCACCAUUGCCGAAAAAGUCAAGGAGGAAUUGAACUGGUACACGAAAAGCUUCUCGAAGAUGCGGAAAAUGGAUCUCAUAAUGAUCAAAGAUUACGGUGACACGAGCAUUGGAAAUUGGGGCGUCGCUAUUUAUAGAGAAGAACGUAUUCUCUACAAUAAAAAAUAUGACGACUUCACGAAACAGAUGGAAAUUGCCCGCUUAGUAGCACAUGCAACGGCAUAUCAAUGGCUAGAUAAUGUACUCACUCCGUUAUGGUGGUAUGACAUAUGGUUGAACGAGGGAUUGGCUACCAUCCUCCAAGUGAAUGCUCUAAAUAAGAUUUUCCCAGAAUGGCGAAUGUUGGAUUUAUUCGUGGUUCAGACGCAACACGAGUCUCUCCAUUUGGAUGCUGAUUACAUGAUGAUGCCUCUUGUGUAUGAAGUCAAAACGCCGGCUGAAAUCAACUCACUUUUAUCUAUGCAGUAUUACAUAAAAGCGCCUGCUAUAAUACGUAUGUUGCAACAUAUCAUUACCAAAGACGUGAAAGAUUCAAAUCCUAUGUAUAGAUUGUUAAAUCAAAAUAAGGCCCUGACGUCCUUCGAGUUUUGGAGCAUUAUACAAAACACUAUUCGUACAUUAUAUGCAUCAAAUAUGAAAGCUAAUCAGAAAUUAAGUUCCGUGAUGGACACUUGGACAAUGCAGCAGUUAUAUCCCAUAUUGAAAGUGAAGCGCAAUUAUACUACUGGUAAAGUAACAGUAUCACAAGAAAAUAUCAAUAUGAUAGACAGGAGCAAGUGGUGGAUACCUUUAACUUACACUACGGAAAAAGAGCCUAAUUUCUCUAAUACUUGGCCUGCUUUAUGGUUAAAACCACAGUCACGCGAUCUAACUCUUGAUAAAUUACAUAAAAGUAAAGACUGGAUAAUAUUUAAUUUACAACAAGUUGGAUACUAUCGCGUCAAUUAUGAUAUUGGUAAUUGGUUAUUAAUUGCACGAUACCUAAAUAAGCAAGAUUAUACAAAAAUACAUGUUCUUAAUCGUGCGCAAAUUAUGGAUGAUGCAUAUCACUUUUUGGUGACAAAACAACUUCCAUUCACCGUAUUUUUGGAACUCACAAGCUAUCUGUCGCGUGAGGUAGAUUAUAUAGCGUGGUAUCCUAUGUUAAAAGCUUUUGAAUAUCUAUCGAGCUACAUACCAUACAAAGAAAAUGAAAAUAUGCAGCUACAUGCACAGGAAAUCUUGAAUGCGCUUCUAUUAAAACUAACGUACGAAGAGAAAAAUAAUGAGACUGAUCUUAUUAAGUGCCUAAGGCAAGAAGCUGCAAAAUGGGCAUGUAUUUUUGAUGAAUCGCACUGCAAAAAAAUGGCAUAUAAAAAAGUACUGACACAUUUGGAAGAUUCCGAUGCGCUCAAACCAGAAUGGAGGUUUUGGGCAUACUGUAAUGAUCAUAUAUGGGAUUAUGAAAUGUCUUUUGAAUUAGGGGAUCAUGCACUCGUCAACUUAUUUCAUUGCCCUAGUGCUGCUAUUAUCAACCGCCAUCUGCAAAUAAUGAAAAUGAAUAGAUAUCAAAGAUAUGAAAAAGGCCCUACUAUAAAUACAUCUAUUUAUUCUAUUGUUUCGAAUGCAAAGAUGUAUCUAAAAAACACAUUAGAGCAACUUAAACAGCACAACGUACGUUUUAUUAUUAAAACGUUAACUGCUAUUAUUAAUUAUACGUAUUCCGAGGCUAAACUUGGCGAGAUAAAAAUCUUUGUACAAGAUCAUCUACAAAGGAAGAAACAAAUGGAAGAUGUAGUUGUACAUAUUCAACAUAAGAUAAAACAACGCGAGUCCCAAAUAAACAAGCAAUUGAGAAAAUUGGCAAUGUGGAAUAUGAUGAAAUGGAAUAAAUGAAUGGAAUAUUAUGAAUAUAUCGAAUUGAUUUAACAAUCAAAUGGUAAUGGAAUAUAUUGAAUAUAAAAGAUAUAUAUAUAUAUAUAUAUAUAUAUAUAUAUAGCAA